CGAACCCAGGCCGCAUGCAUGCCAGGCCAGCGCGCUACCACUUGAGCCACAUCCCCAGCCCUAAAAAAUAUUUUUUAAAAAAGUAUAUUUCAUGGGAAAAGGGAUAAUUAAUUCUGUCAAAUGUUGCAGAUAAGGAGGAUUGCAAGUUCAAAACCAGCCUUGGCAAGUUAGCAAGACUCUGUCUAAAAAAUAAAAGAAAAUGUUGCACAUUGGUUAAAGUAGGGAGUAAGAAUUGACUACCUCAGAGAGAACAGUAAGACAAAAUUUUUUUAAAUACAUGUAAUGGCAGUUGCUAGAAGAUAUGUGUCACUUUUUUGCCCAAACUUCAUUUUUACAACCUUUUGGAGGAGUGAUUUAAUAAUAUAUUGAUAUUAUUGUAAUUCUACUUCUUGGAAUUUAUCCUUAAUUAAUAUUCACACAGAUACACAAAGAUAAAUAGGAAAAUGUUAAUUGCAACAUCAACUUCAAUAGUAAACCUCAAUAGCCUUCAUCAUAAUGAAUCUAUGUAAAGGCAGGUUAUCUGUAAAAUGUAUAUUACCAUUUAAUUUAUUAUUAUAUCCCCCAAAGGUCUUCUUUGGUUAUACUAUUAAAAAGUUGCCCUCUAAUUUACCUCUCCUUUACUUUCACAUGAGCUUAUUUUAUUCAUAGCACUUAUUACCAUAAAAAUGAUUUGUUUUUAAGUUAUUUGUGGACUAUCUGCUUUCUCCACCAGAGUCUGAGCUUUAUAAGAUUUCCUUUGUUGUUCGUACUUACCUACCUACUACACAUGGAUAUUUUUAAUUUUAUUUUUAUUUUUUGUAUUGUCGAGGAUCAAAUCCAGGGCCUCGCAUACAAUAGGGAAAUAACUACAAGUCUAACUGUCACUUUGGGAGAUUUAUUCUCCCUCCUUGAACCUCUGUGAUGCGGUUGCCCAGCAACAGCUCCUUUGAUGUGCUAACAUUCUACUGGCAGGACUGCUGCUUACAGUGGACAAUUCAGGUGCCUUCUGGGAUUGACCUUGGAUUUGGAAUUUUCUCUUGUUCUUUAUGUGCAAUAGGUUCAUUGGGCAGCUUCUUCUGAGGUCUAACUAAGCCCUGAGGAUCUGAAGUAGAACCUUCUAGAAGACAUUGCUUUUGAUGCCCAACAGACCUCAGCAUCUCUUCUUGAGUACUCUAUGGAAACUUCCCUGGGAAGCAUCUGGGAUCACCGUUAGUAGAUCCGUUUCAUGCUGCUUGUAUCUCCAGCAUGUCAAGCCCUCUCCGAUCUCUAAACCACUCACAUCCAGGAAGGCUUCCUACUAGGCCCCAUGAGGCUAAGUCACCACAAGUCAAGCAGCUAUCAGCCUGGAAAAACCAUCCAGUGGCUUGUUUUGAUCUACCUCCUGAGGUGAUUUCUACCAGGAACCCAGUUACAUGCAAAAAAAGGGCAGCUGACCCAGUCCAUCCUGACUUUGCUGGUUUGUUGGUGAAAAACAAGAAUCUUUUAGCUGAGCUAAGAAAUCUUCAAAGCAAACUUCUCAUAAAGGAAAGUAUGUUGCAAGAGAUGAAGAGUGAGCUAGAAAGUUAUAAAGAAAAUAACACCCAGCAGUCAUUCCAGAUAAUGUCCCUGAGAGAUGAUAUCCAGGACCUACAGGAACUAAUUGCUUCUCUAACCAGAAUUAAGUCUUUGAAAAACACCAACAUUGAAAGUCUUGAAAGAGGCAACUGGGAACUAACUGAACGAGUUACAGCACUAGAAAAACUUCUAAAAGUACAUCUGGUUGAAAGAGAAAAAGCAGAGCGAAAAGCUGAUCUUUUGGAGAAAAUGUUGUCAGGCACUAGCAGAUUCCCUUCUUAUAUGACUAUGAAAGGACAAGAAGAUUUAUUGGAUGUUUUCCCAGUGAAGGAUAAGACCGAAGCUUUCCUGGCCAACAACUUUGAGAGAGACAUUUUUCAUACUGAAGAACCAAAUCAUAAGCAGAAAAUUUGGGAUGGAUGUCAACAAGAUUUGAUACAAGAGGAUAAACAAGCACCAGAGUUAGACAGACAGCCAUAUUCAUGCGGAUGGGAAACUGAAACCGCACAAUCUCAAUAUCAGAAUUUCCUCAGUCAAUUGUCUACUCUUCUGAGUGAUAGCAUUGUUCCCAUACCAGCCACAGAGGAAGCUGUGAAAGAAAGGAUACUGGAAAUCAGUGAAAAUGAACUCUCUUGGAAAUCUAGAACGGAAGGCCUACAGCAGGAAAUUCAGAUGCUCACUAAGCAAUUGGAACAGCUGCAUCAGAUUUACGAAGAAACUACUCAAGAAUCACCUCAGGGUGGAGAAAAUUAUAGGGAACAAAAAAAACCCUUGAAACGUCUAGAUGGAAACAUUGGUAUCAAUGACUUUUUUCAAAGGAAAUCAGACUUGGACAGGAAUAAAGAAAACUUCAGAACUCCGGAUUCUCAAGUAGAUAAGCAUAACAAGAAGUUCAAACAAUUAGAGAUGUUGUUGAAUAUUCGGCAAAAUUUACAGAUUAUUACAACGCCAAUAUUGGAGGAGAAAAUUCAGAAACUUCAGAAACAGCUCAGUGAUUUGAAAUUAUCAAAUAAAAAUAUGAAAACUCAACUGACAAAAAUAAAUGUCCUUAAAGACAAAACAAUUAUGAAGCUCAGGCAAUCUUUAACAAAAGUUGAAACAAUGAAGGAGAAGGUAGUUAUGAAUAUAGAUGAUUUGAAAACUACAUCCGACUCUGCAGAGCAAGAAGCAAGACCAGACAAAGAGAAGGCCCGUCAGAUGUUAGACACUGUCACUCCUGAGCUCUCCAUAGCCAAGAACGUGCUUGAAGUGUCAGGACAAGAACAAGAGCUUGGUGACUUUCGAGAAACUAUUUUGAAGAUGUUGGGAUUUGACAUGAAAACAGCAGACAAAGAAAUCAUCAAUCAGUUAAAGCUUAUUAUACAAGUUUAUGAAAUAUCUAACAAAUCAAAGAUUGCUUCUGAUUGUGAGACUGGACAAGAUAAUGAAUAAACAAGUUCUGCCUUUUAAUUGCUGCCAAGAACUGAGCAGAUAUAGCUGUUUCCUACGGCAUCUUGAAUAUGCUGUAUCAUGAAUAAAAUGCAGUGGAAAAAUUUUA